AUGAUACAGGCAAAAGCACCAGAUUCCGUGUGCCUCUGCGGCCUCUUCCACUCUGCUUACUCCAAUUCUUACGUCAACCUCGCCAUAUUUGAUCCUUCAACAGGCCGCGACGUGGUUCGCAGCCAUGUUGGUGACGCUGCAGAGAGACUAAUCCACUUGUUUUGUGUAGUGCCACGACAAACUCUCAUUCAUGAUGAUCUUUUAUUCCAAUACUCUGAUUUAGAACUUGUUGAGCACCUCAAGCAGUCAGAGGUAUCGCUGAGAAAUGCCAAGGAGAUGGGGAUUUUCAAUGAAGAAGAAGAUUGGAGAAAGAAACUGCGGGCUCUACUUCCUGCUAAUGGGCUUACUACGAAGAAUAUAAAGACCGGAGAAGAUGUUGUAGUUUCUAGAAACGUGAUUGCAGUUUUCCUUUUGAUGUCAAUGGCAGAUUUCAGUGACCAAUAUUUCAGUUAUCAGGAUGCUUUAUUAGAUAACUAUGAUGGACGCCUCAUGUUUUCUGGGAACAACCAUGCAAUUUUGUGGCCUGGUGAUGGCAAGCCUGGACUAUGGAUGAAUUCUAUUUCAAAGAUGGGAGCCAUAUACAGCUUGAUAAUGAGAGAGGAAGAGAUUUUGAAGGAAGCUCAAGAAAGGGCUUGUGGUGUUGUGGUUGAAACAGAUAGGGAUGAAGAAGACAUUGAGCUUGUGGUACCACCUGUUUUUGAAAACUGUAUAAGGGUUUUAGAUGCAGGGGAGCAAGUAAUUGCAAGGGACUUAUACUGGGAAGCUGUUUGUGAUAUGUCUAAGAGAGGGUUGGAGAGGGCUGAGGAGUUACUUUUGAGUAGUAUUGAGAAGAACCCUUUUGUGGGGGAGCCACACGUGGUGUUGGGUCAGGUUUAUUUGAACAAAGGGAGGUUUGAAGAGGCUGAGAGAGGGCUCACCCUUAUGUUAGAGUGGGGGAGUCCAUGGGAUAAGAGGAUGACUUGGGAAGGAUGGGUUUCUUGGGCUAGAGUUUUGUUGAUGAAGGCAAAGGAGAAGUCAUGGCCACAGACUUCUAGGGGCAUCCUCAACUUGGGUCUUACGAAAUAAAUUGCUAUUUAUAUUUGACUUGCCAGUCAAAUUAAAUGUACGGCACAGCCUUGACUCGAGUAAGCAAGUUCCUAGCCAUCAACCAAAGUUGACAAUUUUGUGAGGGUUGGAAGCGGAGUAAUAUAUAUAAUUAAAUAGCAAAUGAAAAAUUAAUGUUGGCUCACCCUUGCAUCUUGUAAGUCUUUCUGUUGAAUAAAAUUGGCAAAUAUUUGGGGUCAA